CCUCUUUGAAGCAGAGUGACGUCCGCGACUGUCAGAAACAGACUUAAGCUCCGCCGGCUCCAGGAGAACAGUAGCGUGAAGCUUGUGUGUAGGAAUAACCUCAGGAAUAACCAAUCAGCACCGAUAUUGCGGGGCGGGAGGACCUCAAGGGAGGACAGAUCUCCUGCCGCCUGAGAGUUGACGCCCAUCCUCAGCUGCUGCUCAUGCCGCCGGGACCUUACAGGGGAAAUAAACAUGCGUUCCUUGAUAACUUAAAAGUCUUCCCUAGGAUGAACACUAAGAGACUGCUCAGAUUCAGAUUCCUCUUUUAAGGACUUAAAUUGACACUUUAACUUCAUUGAGGUCCUGCUGUGAUGGCGGCGAAACAGAUGACAGGACAGCUUCAGGCCAUGUCAGGUGUGCCUGAAAGGUGUUUGUGUGAUCACGCACUCCAAGCGCUGGCUAUGAAUGCGUGCUUCUAAUCGCAAGACAUUGCAUUCCUAGAACGGUCGUAGGGUUUUCUUGGGAUGGAGGGUCAUAAUUAUGAACGCUUCGGGGACGGGGAGAGGGACAACUAUCAGAUUGACUACAGGAGGAUUGUGGGGGAUAUGGAACCGGCACGGCCUCGCCCGCUCAGCAGAGAUGGGGAGCAGCCCCUCCAUUGCGGCAACUACGCCCACUCCACGACGCACAGCCACGGGCAUGAGACGGCUGCCCAGCGGUACAGCGCCACGCGUAUCCAAGCCGGGUAUGAGCCAGAGAGCAUGGCCGACUACUUGAUCUCCGGAGGCACAGGCUACGUUCCCGAGGACGGAUUGACGGCACAACAGCUCUUUGCCAUCGGGGAUGGGCUGACGUACAAUGAUUUCUUGAUCCUGCCUGGUUUCAUUGAUUUUACUUCUGAUGAGGUGGACCUAACCUCUGCAUUAACACGGAAGAUCACCCUGAAGACGCCUCUCAUUUCAUCUCCCAUGGAUACAGUCACAGAGUCAUCCAUGGCCAUUGCUAUGGCAUUGAUGGGAGGGAUUGGAAUCAUUCAUCAUAACUGUACAGCUGAGUUCCAGGCAAAUGAGGUGCGCAAAGUCAAGAAAUUUGAGCAGGGCUUCAUCACGGAUCCUGUGGUAAUGAGCCCAAGACACACGGUAGGCGAUGUUUUCGAGGCUAAGAUCCGCCACGGUUUCUCUGGCAUCCCUGUUACGGAGACCGGCAAGAUGGGAAGCAAGCUGGUGGGCAUCGUGACCUCCAGAGACAUUGACUUCCUGUCUGAGAAGGACCACGACAGACCCCUCGAGGAGGCGAUGACAAAAAGGGAGGAUCUCGUAGUCGCACCCGCUGGUGUCACGCUAAAAGAGGCUAAUGACAUUUUACAACGGAGCAAAAAAGGUAAGCUUCCAAUCGUCAACGACAGUGACGAGCUGGUGGCCAUCAUCGCCCGGACUGACUUGAAGAAGAACAGAGACUACCCUCUGGCUUCCAAGGACUCCCGCAAGCAGCUGCUCUGCGGGGCAGCGAUCGGCACCAGGGAAGAUGACAAGUACAGACUGGACCUCCUCAUGCAGGCGGGGGUGGACGUGGUGGUCCUGGACUCCUCCCAGGGUAACUCUGUUUACCAAAUCAACAUGAUCAACUAUAUCAAACAAAAGUACUCUGAACUCCAGGUGGUUGGUGGGAACGUGGUGACAGCUGCUCAGGCUAAGAACCUUAUUGAUGCCGGUGUGGAUGCCCUCAGGGUGGGCAUGGGCUGCGGCUCCAUCUGCAUCACCCAGGAAGUCAUGGCUUGCGGGCGUCCCCAAGGCACAUCAGUGUACAAGGUUGCAGAAUAUGCCCGCCGCUUUGGAGUGCCCGUAAUUGCGGACGGGGGCAUUCAGACCGUUGGGCAUGUGGUCAAAGCGCUGGCUCUGGGAGCAUCCACAGUGAUGAUGGGCUCACUUCUUGCGGCGACCACAGAGGCUCCAGGAGAAUAUUUUUUUUCUGAUGGAGUGCGUUUGAAAAAGUACAGAGGAAUGGGCUCCUUGGAUGCCAUGGAGAAAAACAACAGUCAGAAACGCUACUUCAGCGAGGGAGACAAAGUGAAGGUGGCUCAAGGUGUGUCAGGGUCAGUCCAAGACAAAGGCUCCAUCCAGAAGUUUGUGCCGUACCUCAUUGCUGGCAUCCAGCAUGGCUGCCAGGACAUCGGAGCUAAAAGUUUGUCAAUUUUACGCUCGAUGAUGUAUUCUGGAGAGCUGAAGUUUGAGAAGAGAACAAUGUCUGCGCAGAUGGAAGGCGGAGUGCACGGCCUUCACUCAUAUUCCUUUGUACCAUUUAUGAGAAACGACUUUACUGAGGCUGGAGGAAAAGGAAACGCCCGCUCGGGACCGGAUGUGCCCACGCCGGCCCUGUUGAGCAGACGAACGACGCCCACGUGAAAAUACUAUUAAAGUCUCUCCUUCAUAUUUCAGCAAGGUUUUACUUUUUACAACACAAUAAGGUAAAAUGAGGCUCCUACCUUUGGCCACAAUACAAUGCGGUACUCUCUUUAUAGAGUGAGUUGUAUCCAACUAAAAAAAAAAAAAAAAAGUUUCCAUAGUUAGAAGCGGACGUUGCUGCCAUCAAUUUUAAUUUUAAUACAUACAAGUCGAACCUGAGUAUAAGUCACCUAACCAACCACACUCUGAAAGGAGUCCUGGUCUAAACAAUCGACUGAGUUCAAGAAUUAUAUUAUAAAAUAUUUAUAACGUUUAGAUGAUAAUAAUACUAUAUUUUCAUAUUAAUUGAACAAUCUUAUUAUUGUUAUAGUUUGCAGUGGCAUAAAACUGCAUUGUAUAAUAACGAGAGGUGACAUUCAAUUGUAUAGCUGUACCUAAUUAAGUGUCCACUGAGUGUGUAUUGCCUAGAAACUCAGGUACAUAAAAAUCAAAACAAUUUGUGCUCUGAAAAUGUAACAAUUUAUUUCAUCAUGAAAGGAAGGCAUCACAAACAUGUAUUUUAUUGAAAACGUUUUUUUCUUUUUUGCUUACUGUUGGAGAAAAAUCGACAUUGUACAUUCCUUUAUUACCAUCUCACUUGCACAGUUAGGUGCAAAUUCAACAGUAUGUGCCGUGGAAGGGCCCGUUUUGUGAGUGUACGUGUGUGUGAAUGAUUGUUGGAAUGUGCACAUUGAUUAAAUAGAUGACACUGAUC